CACGGGAGGAUAGAUCUCGGAAACAGAUCUUUCUCUUGUGUGUGCUGCUCCUUCUUUCAUCCCUUAACAGCAUUCGGGCCCUGAAGUCUCGCAAGAUGGCGGGUGCAGCACGGCGGUCGCAACGGAGGCGCCACGACGGACGGAGAGCGCCUGUGUGCUUGCACUUGUUUUCCGUGUGUUUGCUUCUCUGGGACGCGUGGAGGUGAGAGAAAACGACUACAGACUGUCUUCUGAGACACUUGUCUUUUUUCUUCUGGAGAGGGACGGUGGGCCUGGGGCCUCAAUGAUGUAGUCUAUGGAACGCCGGGAUUCCGGUGCAGGUUCGGCAACCCUAGGGGUGAGGCUCUCGCCAAGGUGAACGCGUGUUGCCUGGACUUCAUUGACAAGCGUUGUGACAAAACCUUCCAGUCUACGAGUUGCUUGGUGAGAUGCUCACUGAAACCCGAGACCCAACGCUGCGGUCAACUGCAUGUCCACGGACACACUUGUGUGCAGGCGAUCCGUGAGCACACCACAAGAGGCCUGGAGCGGCCUGUGGGGGCGCUCUACUAUUUUGGAACUGGCUUUUCGUUGAAGUCGGCACGGCGGAAUGCAAAACUGGUACGUCCCAUACACAGCCUAAAGAGGCACGAUAGUUCCCUUGUCGUGUCAAUGACAUCCCUCAGGCGUGCUUCCUCGACCCCCAAAUUUCUUUUAGUGCGUGCAGCAGGCACUACACAUUGGUGUCCAACGAGUGUCCCAGCAGGCGCCUGCUCCAGGACAUCAUCUUGUCCCAGAACAACAGCAGCAUGGCCACGACCAGUCAGCGUCGUGGCGAGUCGGUACGCUAAAUAUGUUCAGCGCUGUGCUGUCACCGAACGCACCCGUCAUAAGCGCUCGCAUUGGUGUCUGCAUCAGGCCCCUUUGUUGUUCACGGGGUUCAUCGUGGCACGUUGGCAAUGAGCACUGUCCGCUCUACUCCCUACCGUGGUGUGUCAUCUAUCAGGAUGGUGGGAAUGGCGUCGUGGAGGCGCUCGACACUGUCUUCGCAUCACCAAACACCGACCCAGGCAUGAAGGUCGCGUACGACUUGGCAAAGGAAUGGGGACCAGGUCAGUGAGUCUCCUCUCGGGGGACGGCACUGAACGGGUGGGAGGGGGCCGUCCAGUCUGCCGCUCGGUCAUUGGUCGUGUUAAUGUGUACUGUGUUGAUUCGCAGACCCUGGCCCACCGAAGGGCUUCCAACCCAUGGAAAAGAAUCUGGGAUUGCUCCCCGGCCUGUCUGGUGAGGAUGGUGGGCGGCGACAGGAAAAGGACGGACCGAUCACAAACCACACUGCUGGUGGGCAGGGUGCACACCAGUACACAGCUACAUAGCUCGAGCACCCGGAUCAUGUGGGUUGUCUGCCCAUUGCUGCAUGAUCAUUUUGCACCACUCGUGGUGGAAUUAGUUUGAUUGUCCUAUGUGUCCUCUGUCUGUAUCGCGUACACCCGCGCACCGUAAACACAACUAGUAUCCUGCCCCAGGCUGUGCACGCAGUCUUAAUACUUGCAUAGGUAGUCAAGCUGCGCGUGCAGCUCAGUAUUUGUGUUCUUUGUACACCCGUGUGCUGCCCUCCCUCAGCUACAGUCCCUGUGAUUCAUUGUGGGGGGAUUGUGGGUGUGGAUGAUAGUGUAUGGGCGACCGAGUCUUACAUGCUGCUUAUGUGCACCUUGUUAUUGUUGUGCCCAUCCGGGCCAUUCCGAUUUUUCGGGUUUUCAUUCCAUUUGUGUAGCCAUGCGAUGCUUUUCACUAGCCGUAUAUGAAGUCUUAUUUCGAUAUCCAGGUAGGUUCCGUGUACGCUGAUGCACUCCCUACCUGUGAUGCUGUGACGAGAGCGCGACGACAAUUUUUGACGUCCUUGGCUAGUCAGGUGAGUCUGUGCGACUUGCAAUGGCUGUCCAUCAGCGCUUUGCUUCUGGUGGUGCAGGACGUCAGGCUCGUUCGAUGAGACACAUGUGGUAUCGAUUUUUCAUCUGCUCUUCUAUCCAAUAUAGCACGCUCCAUACCCAUACGUGUGAGGCGUGGGUUGAAUCGUAUCAUGUGAAACGGACUCUGCUGCGUUCUGAUGAUCUCAAGAGGUCUCACAUGUCAUUGAGUGCCAUGACAAUGAGCGUGCAACGGGCAAGAAACGAAAGAAUCACUUUGUCAUUCUGCACCGACACGGCGUCACACGGAGCACACUGAAUCAAUCAAUGAUGGAUCAUUGUCAUUGACAUGCCCUCGCAUGAUUUUUGUUUAUCGCUCUCGCGCGUGCAGCUGGCUAC